AUGAGAGCAGCAAACUGUGGAGAGAGGAGGAGUCAGGAGGAGUCAGGAGGAGGAGAGGAGGAGAGGAUCCACAUGAGAGCAGCAAACUGUGGAGAGAGGAGGAGUCAGGAGGAGUCAGGAGGAGGAGGAGAGGAGGAGAGGAUCCACAUGAGAGCAGCAAACUGUGGAGAGAGGAGGAGUCAGGAGGAGUCAGGAGGAGGAGAGGAGAGGAGGAGGAGUCAGGAGGAGGAGAGGAGAGGAUCCACAUGA